ACAGAAGAAAAAUGAAGUGGUUCACAAAACGCUCGCGAGUAGUUGCGUAGAAAUCAUUAAAAAAUUAAGAUAUAAUCUCUCUUUUCAUCCGGAAAAAUAUUUAUUUUUCCGUCUUCAUUUUUCUUGUGGUGUUUCUUUUGAUUUAUGAUCUAUAAGUGUCAUAUUAACAGAUCUGUUUUGUAAAUAUUUUUCAUCCAUAACGCCAUGUCAUAAAUUAAAUUAUCAUCAUGGAAAUAUGAGAAGAAUUGUGGACGGCGGACAAAGUUAACAAAAAAUAUUUUAUGCGCUUAUGUGUCAACAAUUUUCGAUAAAGACAUAAAUCAAUUUUGAAAAGUGUGAGAAAUUUGAAAAUGAAAUGAGAAUUUUAUUUAAAAAAUGUGAUAAACAAGACUUUUACAAGCGCCACGAAUUAUUGUGGAGACCACACACGUGUCGGAUGUAUGAAAAGAAAUAAAGCUGGCAAAUUGACGCCCCCGCUUUCGAAACAUCUCAAUUUUAUUAAUUAAAUUUCAUCGUGAUGAAAUUGAAAGGAUUCAAAUGAAAAUUUUUAUUAAUUGAGUUCAUGUGGGAAAAUCUAGAAAAAGUAUUGAAAAGUUAAAAUUUUAUGAUUUCAGUGUUAAUAACUUGUCAUUCAGUUUUCUCCUCUUUUAUUCAAAAUAUAAAAGCAGUAGCAAGAACUACAAAGAGAAAGAAUUUUUAUUUUUAUUAUUUUUAUGGCUUUUCCGCUUGCGUCACGGCGCUUCUUUAUGGUCGGUGGAUGAAAUUGAAAUAAUAAAAAAAAGAAGAGAAGGAUGUGAGAAAUUUCAGUUAUGAUCCUUAUGUGAUGAUGGAAAAAAGAGGAAGGAAUUUUAGUGCUCUAAUUAAUUUAUUUCCAAUUAACAUUAAAGAGCCAAAAAGCAGAGAUUUUCUGAAAAACAGCCAAUUAAACAGAAUAGCGUUCAACAUUCAAUAUCAUUAUUCACAAAAAAAAAUGACUCAAUAAAAAAGAAGCAUGAAAUUUUGAUCGUUAAUUUUAAUUGAUAAAAAGUGAAGCGAUAAAGUUUUCCUGAGAAGAGAAGAGUAAAAAAUUAAACAAAAAAAAAUAAAACGAACAUGAAAUGAGAGAAGAUGAUUGUGCAAAGUGAAAAAUUUUUAUCUCAUGUGGAAUUAAAGCUGUGCAAGCUGCAGAAAGUUUUUAUUUAUUCAUGUUGGCGAAAACCUCAAAUUAUUUUGUAACCACUAUUUGAUUAUCAUUAACUAUAUACUCUCAUCUUCAUAUCUUUGCACAAACUUUGUGCUAUUGCUAUAAGGGAUAUCGUUUAAAAAAGAAAAUUAAAAAUGCUUAUGCCACACCAAAUAGGAACUUUUUUUAUCAACGUAGUUAUUCAUGUUAUUUGCAUCAUUCCCUUCACAACAACAGAUCACAACAUUCAUCAAUCUAAAUAUCAAAGAGAGAAUUCUUUUAAUUCAUACAAUGAAAACUCCUACACAACAUCAUCACAAAGUGAGAGCUUAGCAAGUCUUCCAUAUUUCCUAAAAAUUCCUACAACAGUGUCAGUGAUUGAGGGAUCAGCUGUCAUUCUAUCAUGUCGAAUAGAAAGUCUUGGCGAUCGAAUGGUGUUUUGGAUAAGAAAUUCAGAUCUGCAGAUAUUGACGGCCGGUCUUGUCACAUUCACAGCUGACAAUCGCUUCAAAGUAAAUCACGAGAACAGCAUCGACUCAACAGAUUGGAGUCUUCUCAUAACAGAUGUCACAAUGGCAGAUCAAGGACUUUAUGAGUGUCAAAUAAAUACAGAACCAAAGAUGAAAAUGAACAUAAACCUGAUAGUUAAAGAAUUUUCUGAGCUCAUGGAAAUGGAUUCGCCCUUCAGCGGGGCAAUGAUAGAAGGAAAGAAUAUCAACAUAUUAAAGAAAGGAUCGACAAUCACAUUGACUUGUAAAGUGAUGGAAAAUGGGAUUGAAGGAAAUAGUGCUAACACGAGGCGCAUCGAAUGGAUGAAGAACGGAAAACUCGUCAAAAUGAAGACUCGUCAUGGAGGUGUUACAAUUGAUACUGUCUGGCACAAUAAAAGUGGAACGAGUAAAUUAAUUCUGGGCGAACUUGAAGAUGAGGACUCGGGAAACUAUUCAUGUUCUUCAAAUGGCUUCGAGUCUGAGCAAGUUUUGCUUCAUGUUGUUUCAAAUCUCAAAGGUGAUGCUGCAGAAAUUUCAACGAGAAAUAAUGGCUCCACACAAAAAUUCUAA